GUUCCGCAUUGGCUCGAUUGUCUCACAUGUUUCACUGCAUAGCUCGACAGUGUUUCGAGCUGAAUUCAUAACAUGGCAAGGACAUUCCCCUACAAUCUUCAUUCAAUACUUUUCCUUUGGAUAGCUCUGGGUUACAGUGAGGCGGCAUUAACAUGGCCCACUGGGACAUAUGGUCUACCGAGAGCAAAAGUUGGCUGUCCUGUGACAGCGAAUUCCACGGUAUGGGCCACAGGAUGGCGAUUUGAAGACACUGAGGACUACAAGCCAAUCACCUCUAAAUCGCCGAGUUCUCAUCUUGAUACAGAGGUUGGCAUAGAUGUUAACAGAACGUUCUGUAUUAAGACAAAGGACAUCAUCUCUGAGGAGGCUGGCGAGUGGCCACAAGGCAGAUAUUGUAUUUACAAGAAAGGUGAUUGCCCCAGAGGACUGAAAGAAGGUUACGUAUUUUGGGACGACGAAAACGAUAAGAACAUCAACGAUCAAGGAGGGACACUUCCUGAUGGCAAAUACGACAAGGACACUUCUAUAUACUAUUGUUGCAGCACCGACGGUGACAAAUUGAAGCCCAUCCCCCUCCCCCUAAUCAGUCCGUUUUACCUUAUGGCUUUCAACACGUCAGAGUGCCAGCGCGUGCAAGGCGCCAUUGCCACAGAGGAGUACAUUGCAUUUGACUCUGAAGAUCACAACAACCAAAAUGCGCGUAAUGGAAGCUAUCCCUUCGGAGCAGGAGGGAGGAAUCACCGAGUCUAUUAUUGUUAUUAUGAAGGUUGUCUCUAUACAUACAGCUUGGAUAACGACGAGCAGAUGCUAUUCAUCUCUCCAAAAUUCUUUAACGAUGGAUUUCCGUCGGAGCAGAAGUGCACGUGGCGAUUUGUUGCCCGAGAGAAGGAGAGUAAGGUGCAUAUUACCUUUCUGGAGACACAUAUAAGAGAAGGCGACAGUAUUUCUAUUCGUAAUGGCUGGAGCAGUGGAUCAGUCGUGGGUAAAAUAGAUCCAAUAAAUCCCUUCGAUCCCAAUGGAUAUGCGUCACAGAACAAUUUUCUUCUCGUGGAGUUUAAUUCAAAGUCUUCCUUAACACCUGGGAUCCAUCAUCCCAAAGGUUUCCGCGGAAUAUUCAAAAUUAUUUCAAAUGAAGUUCGACAGGGUCCUAAAUGGCCAAAUGGUACAUACGGGCUCCCCCGCCCCAGGGCCGGCUGUCCUCCGAGGUCAGACGACAUCUUCUGGGAGACUGGAUGGAGGUUUCAGGACACUGAAGACAACCAACCUAAUAACACAGUAUCUGAGAGCUUCCACAUGGAUGCCACGGUCAAUAAAGAUGACAUUAAUAAAAGCUUUUGCAUUGCUACGCAGGAUAAGGGAGUACAAUGGCCAAAAGGUCAGUAUUGCAUUUAUAAAAAAGGAGCUUGCCCCAAAGGCCUCUCUGAGGGAUAUAUAUUGUUUGAUGACGAAGACCACAAAAACCAGAAUAAGAUGGGAGGGACACUUCCAGACGGAAUAUACAACAAAGAUACGAAUAUAUCGUAUUGUUGUCGGACGGAUGGUGACAAAUUGGAGCCCGUCACCCUCCCUGUGAGCAAUCCUUUUUACUUGCUGGCCUACAACACAUCUGAGUGUCAGCAGGUUAAUGGAGCUAUCGCUACAAAGGAGUUUAUACGCUAUGACACCGAAGACGAUGUUCAUAACAGAGACCAGGUUAAUGGUGCUUAUCCUUGUGUGAAAGGAAAGAAUUUGACGAUUACUUACUGUUAUUAUCAAGCCUGUCAUUACACCAUGAGCGAGACUCCUCAGGAGUUCAUGUCCCCUUUUUACCGCAGUGGUGAUGGCUACCCGAACUCACAGCUCUGCACCUGGCGAUUCUUGAUACAGGAGAAAAACCCUAAAUCACAGCAGAUCCUAAUCAAGUUCCCAGAGUUCAAUUUAAGAAAAGAUGGGGACGGUGACGUGGUGAGGAUUUACAGCGGCUGGGACGAGAAGACAAAACUUCUUGCAGAAUUUAAUGGUGAUCACCCACCCCCAACCAAGGGUGUGGCAACUGACUCCUCUGUGGUGUAUGUGGUAUUCAAAUCUGACUCACAAGCCCGCUCCAAGGGCUUCAGAGGAGUUUUCUUGAUUCAGACAUACAAUGCUGCUUCUGUACCAACACGACCCAUAACGAUUCCAACACGGCCCAUUCCAGUGAAAACAAAUGAAACUUCAGUUAAAGAAAAGACGAACGAGACAGCUACAGUAACCACAGCAAGUGCCAGUUUAAACCUAACGACGACAAAAUCCGAAGGUUCGCAGAGCGCUCGUUCAGGAAAACACGGUGUUCCAACUGCUAUUAUAGUGCUCGUGGUAAUUGCAAUAUUGAUUGGCAUGGCGGUCAGUAUAUACUGCAUCAGACGAAAGAGACUGAGGCAAAGAAUAAAGAGGAUGACAAAUUCCGGGCUCCUGGCUCAAGGCAAAGACAGGGAAAGCUACCAUUAUAGUGAUCUGGAGGAAUACGAGUUUACGGGGGAAACACCAGACUUAUUUCCACCGUCUUAACUACCUCUGAACCAAUAUUGGUCUGAAUUAAAUUGUGCUUUUUGAAUGGCAAUUAGGUGGCUAAAACAUAGGUUUAAAGUAAAACUUCUUAGCUAUAAAGCGAAAUUAAACCCCUUUUUUAAGAAAAUCAGCUGGGAAUUUGUUCAAGCUGGAAUUUGAACAAAGAAAAAACAAAGAACUAUACGAACUAAACGAAAUAUAUGGGAAAGAACAAAGUAUAAUACGAAAGAAAAAAAAACAUUCAAUUUUUCUCGUAAUAUGUAAGAUGGGUUUCCUCUCUAAUUUUGUCGCUGUUUAUUUCGUGUUAAAGCAAUUGAGAAUAAGGUGAAAUACAAUGAUUACCAAACCUUGCACAAAAAAAACCUUUCUCGAAUUUAUAGUAUUUAAAUAUUAGUAAUAUCAUGAGGUGAUGGGCUCCUGGAAAUUCUCAAAAUCGUAAGCAAUUCCAGUUUUGGUCAUUUAAUGAUUCCUGGGUUUCUGUUUAUUUUUCUUCCUAUCUAAUUAAAUAUUAACAGCCUUUUUCAACACGUUGUGGAUCAGUGACUCUAUUGGCUGAAUGAACGUACAAACAGAUGACGUUAAAACGCCUUUCAAGACGUCAGCGACGUCACAACCGCCUUUGUUUCUCACCUGCGUGCCUAUAUCUGUCUCUAUUCAAAACUUUUGACGGCUUAAGUGCCUCAACGUUGCGUAAAUAAUAGUGUUAAUGACCCCGAAAUAAAUUAAGGUUGCGAGGAAAAAAAGAAAUUUUUUGAGUACUUCUGCCGUUUCUUGAAUCGAAAACUUAUCACUUGUUCAUUGCUCCUGGUCAAGUGAACAUAUUCUAACUUUUCACAGAAUAAACUAUGUAGGCGAAAACAGAGGAGGUUGUAUCCAUAUUAAUCCUAAAUUUACCGUGUAAAUAAAAUUACCCAAUAGGUGUGUAGGAGGGCAGAACUUGGGCUUUCACAAAAGGUUAAUUUUUCUCAAAAGGGACCGUUGCGCUUAUUUACGGGAAGAGAGCUGGAAAAACAAAAGUGCCCCAUAUUCAACAGUGUUAAUGAACAUCGUGAG